CCCACUGUUUUGGGCCUCGCCGGCUUCCGUUCCAGGUGACUCCCAUUUGCUGAGCGACAGCAGUUCGCGUUUCGCGGAGCUGUUCGGGGAGAGAGCAGCUAGCUGACGCAGCGGCCAGGGCAGUUAACGGUGGAGUCCAGUUAGUGUGAGUCGCCCUAAGCCUUUACUAGUAUUAUUUACAAUGAAGAAACUAAAGGGGCCUGUGUCCUGACGUCCACAUUGUGGUCAAUGACAAUCUGCGGCGGCGCCGGUGACUGACAUGGAUGCUGGUGACAUUAAGGAUGUGAAGCUCUCACCUGAAGUGGAACCGUUCAUCCCACAGAGGAAAGGUCUGGAAGGAUCCCUUGUCAGCAUGAGUCUCUCCGGUGAGGCCGGAGGAGGAGGCGGCGGCAGCGGAGGCGUGGAAACCACACCCAUUCCCAGCUACCUCAUCACCUGUUACCCUUUCGUCCAGGAGAACCAACCCAACAGGCAGCAUCCUGUGUACAGUGGGGGGGAGCUGCGCUGGCAGCAGCCUAACCCCACCCCCGGCGGGCCCUACCUGGCGUACCCCAUCUUGUCCUCCCCUCAGCCGGCCGUUUCGAAUGACUACGCCUAUUACCAGAUCAUGCCAGCCCCCUGCCCACCCGUGAUGGGCUUCUACCAGCCCUUCCCUGGCACCUAUGCCGGCCCAGUGCAGGCCGGAGUGGUCAACCCCGUCUCGGCAGACGUCAGUGAAAGGCCCCUCCCUCUGGGCCCAGCCUAUGGGAUGGCCAGUCAAAGGGGGAGAGGCAUGGUCCGAUCCAAUGUUCUCCCAAAGCAACAUUUGGGGGUGUGUCAACCUCCGAGGGGGCGUCGCCCGCCCACCAGGAGCGUGGCGGUGCAGAAGGAGGUGUGUACCUUAGGACCUGACGGCCGGACCAAGACUGUAAUGCUGGUGGACGCGGCUCAGCAGACUGACUCCCCGGGUGAAGCGUCCGGCUGGUGCGCCGGCGAGCGGGUCAGUCCGCUGCUGUGGAAAAACCGGACAAAGAGAAAACGGGCCUGCCAGCCAGCUGAGAGCUACAGCGAGCAGGGCGCCAGCGAGGCGGACAUCGACAGCGACAGCGGCUACUGCAGCCCCAAACACAACCAGGCGGCGGGGGGGGCCCAGCGGGCAGCGGAGAGCACAGCCACACCUCUGGGAGUAGAGGCCGGUGUGAUGACAGGUAACUGGGUGAAUGUGGCAUCUCAGGCUACAACCAAAUCCUGGGGGGACAGAAAUGGGCAGUCUCACAGAGCAGAUCAGAGGAGGAAUCCUGAACAGAGAAACUUCUCUCAGGAUUUCCACAGUGGUUAUCCGGGUCGUAUGCCACCCGCCCAGCCAGAACAGAGGCUGCAGCCAGCGGCCGUCACUAGCAGCAGCCUCACCCCCGAGCCCCUUUACUUUGAGGAUGAAGAUGAGUUCCCGGAUCUUGCCAACGGAGGGUCUCUGGAUAACCUGCCAGAAAACUCCCCAAUCAACAUAGUGCAGACACCCAUUCCCAUCACUACCUCUGUUCCCAAGAGAGCAAAGAGUCAGAGGAAGAAGGCUCUGGCUGCUGCCCUGGCCACCGCACAGGAGUACUCUGAAAUAAGCAUGGAGCAGAAGAAGCUACAGGAAGCGUUCACCAAAGCGGCGGGGAAAAAGAGUAAAACCUCUGUGGAGCUGGAUUUGGGAGACAUGCUGGCAGCUCUGGAGAAACAGCAGCAGGCUAUGAAGGCCAGGCAACUCACCAACACCAAGCCCCUGUCUUUCACAGUUGGAACGACCGCCCCGUUCCACUGCUCGGGCUCCAGCUUGCCGUCCAUGUUGAGGGGUCAUCAGCAGCCGUACACGGCCCCGCAAAACGCGCUGGACUCUACGCCGCCCCGCAUCAAGAGAGGGAAGGAGAGGGAGAUCCCCAAAGUCAAACGGCCAACGGCCCUAAAAAAGAUAAUUUUGAAGGAACGGGAAGGGAAGAAAGGGAAGCCGACUGUAGAGCAGGAGUCAGCAGGCCAUGAAGAGCAGGGUGACGAGUGUCUGCAUUUUACAGACGAUCUGACUCGUGAGCCAGCCUCCCAGGAGGAAAACGGUCUGAGCGUGCCCAGUGAUGCCUCCCUGUCCCCGGCCAGUCAGAACUCUCCGUACAGCAUCACCCCGGUGUCCCAGGGCUCGCCCGCCAGCUCCGGCAUCGGCAGUCCCAUGGCCUCAAACGCCAUCACCAAGAUCCACAGCAGACGAUUCAGAGAGUACUGUAACCAAGUGCUGAGCAAGGAAAUCGACGAGAGCGUGACCCUGCUGUUGCAGGAGCUGGUUCGCUUCCAGGAGCGGGUCUACCAGAAGGAUCCCACCAAGGCCAAAUCCAAACGGCGCCUGGUGAUGGGCCUCCGGGAGGUGACCAAGCACAUGAAGAUGCACAAGAUCAAGUGUGUCAUCAUUUCUCCCAACUGUGAGAAGAUCCAGGCCAAAGGUGGUUUAGAUGAAGCUUUAUACAACGUGAUCGCCAUGGCCCGGGAGCAGGAGAUCCCCUUUGUGUUCGCCCUGGGCCGAAAAGCUCUGGGACGCUGCGUCAACAAGCUGGUGCCUGUCAGCGUCGUGGGCAUUUUCAACUAUUCGGGAGCAGAGGGACUGUUCAACAGACUGGUGUCUCUGACGGAAGAGGCCAGGAAGGCCUACAAGGACAUGGUGUCUGCUCUGGAGCAGGAGCAGGCGGAGGAGGCCCUGAAGAACGACAAGAAGGUCCCGCACCACAUGGGCCACUCCCGCAACCACUCGGCGGCUUCGGCCAUCUCCUUCUGCUCCAUCUUCUCCGAGCCCAUCUCCGAGGUCAACGAAAAGGAGUAUGAGACCAACUGGAGGAGCAUGAUGGAGUCUUCAGAUGCCCCGGAGCCCGCCGAGGCCGAGCCCAGUCGCCCCAAUCCUCCCCCGGUCGCCCAGAAAGACACAGAGGCCCCGGCGGCCAUCGCCCCGCCCAGCGCCACACUCAGCGCCCCGCCCAGCUCCGCUGCCCCGCAGCCCAGGCCCGCCCCCCCGGCCUCCGGACCCGGACCCGGACCUGGACCCGGACCCCAGGCCCCGGGACCCGGCGACCGGGAGGAGGUCCGGGCGGACGACCGGCUGGAGCUGGCCUCCCAGCAGAGCACCGAGACGGGCUCGCUGGACGGCAGCUGCAGGGGCCCGCUCAACUCCUCCAUCACCUCCACCACCUCCACCCUGGUCCCCGGGAUGCUGGAGGAAGCGGAGGAAGAGGAGGAGGAGGAGGAGGACUACACUCCCGAGCCCAUCUCCGUGGAGGUGCCCACCCUGAGCAGCCGCAUCGAGUCCUGG